AUGGGGACCCCUCCAACCUCUGUGCGGGGGCCGGGCCUCAACCCCAGUCCUGCUGCCACCCCCGCCUCACCUCCUGCCAGCUCCCUGCCCAUGGGGCCCGAGCUCUACUUUCUGGAUCAUCAGGAGGCUGUUCUCUCCAGGUUUCCCUCCGUCUUGCUCCUCGUCCUGGCCUCUGCCGGUCAUAGCCUCGUGUCCACCGACUUCCAGAGCAUCUCUCCUGCGCCUGGGCUAGACAGGGGCAGCAUGUCCACGCUCCUCCUGCCUCUGUCUUCACCUUCCCUUCGAGACCUCCGGGACCCUGGAGCUGGGGGCUGCCGUCCCGUGACGACCCCCCCCAGGGGCCUGCCCGAGCCCACGAGCCUCCCCUCAUGCCCCUCCGCACAAACCCACGUCAACUGCCAGGGCGGCUCUGAGCCCGCUGCCCCGAAGGGGAGGCGGCCGUACCCCUCAGAGCCCCCCGGCCGCACUGACCUGCCUUCCCCGAGCCUCCAGACCCACGGCGGCCUGGCCGAGGGGACUCGGCCCCCGCCCUCUGCCCUCCGCCGGCCCCUUGUCCCUAGGAGCCGGGGCGCCUUGGAGUCUAGUGCACUUAGGCACUGUGCCUCCACUGCCGCAGCUCUGCCACCCCGGGCCCUGAGCCACAUGAAGGUGGAUCAUUACCUGCCCCGGGGUUGUUCCGGGGGUUUGGAUGAGAGCGCGUCUGAAGCACCUAGCACCGCCCCUGCGGAGGUGGGACGCCAGGUGGCUGCUCCCCCGCCACAGGAGAGCUCCUCUGAGAACACCUGGCGCUCGGGCGAGCGCGCGGCAGCCGGAGCCGGCGCCCGCGAGCCAAAGGCGCGGCGUCUGGACCGGGCGCGGGCCGCGGAGGCCGGAGACCGCCCGGGGCGACGUGCGCGCUUUGUUCCCGCGCGGGCGGCCGGCGGGCGGAGUGAGCGGCCCGGAACGCGACUGGGCAUGGCCCGGGCAGCCGUCCUGCGCGCCCCGGCCCCGUCUCGCGCCUGA